UUGUUGCAGGUCAGCACUGCAUUACGCAGCUUCAUGGGGAUGUUGCAGGAUAAUGAAGCUGUUGUUAGAAGUACCUGGUAUAAGUUUGAAUCGAAGAGACGAAGAUGGAAAAACACCUUUGUAUAAGGCUGUGGAAAUUCGCAGUAACAACGCUGUAAAGAUGUUGCUACAAAAGGGCGCAAACUUGCUUAUGAAAGCACGUGAUAGGCGGAAUGCCUUUGAAUACGCCCUUCAAGAACUCGGUGACAAUAGUAUUCAGAUGAUCAAGUAUUUAUACAACGAUUGUGGAAUGAAAGACUUGAGAAAGGAGAGAGGGAAGAUGACAUUCGUUCAUUUAGCAUGCUUAGCGAGAAGAAAUAUUCCAGUGACGAAAACUUUAGACAUGUUGUUGGCAAGAGAAAACAUCAAUGCUACAGAAGGAAUGGGAAGAACUGCAUUAAUGCUUGCUACACAAACAAACCGUCCGGACAUUGUUCAACUUCUACUUCACCAUCACGCUGAUGUUAUGCAUUUGGAUAUGAGACUUACCACAGCAAAAGGUUACGCCGAGCCUGAUUCCGAAAUUUACAAAAUGUUGGACAAUGCAAUGUUGAAAGUUUCGAGAAAGAAAGCUCGUGCUAGAGAAAUGGAGAAAGAAGUUUCUGAACAGUUAAAAAAACAACAACAAAAAUAUAAAACUUCAACUAAGACAGUCAAGACUGCCACAGGUGUCGAGGUAAAAGUCAAAGAUCCAUUUGGCAAACACCAGAAUAGAAUUUUACCAACGACAACUUUUUUUAAAUAAUUUUAUACAUACUGCU